UAUAUAUAUAUACAUCUCAUUCUUUCUCCAGAAAUUCACAUUUUGUGUUUUAAAUCCUAAUUGUAAACAAUAUACAUAUACAUAUACACACACACGCGCGCGCACACACACACACAUAUGGCUGCACCUUUGUUUGCUUGGCCAUGGGAAUUCAUGGGUAGUAGCAAGAUUGUUAUUUAUGGGGUUUUUCUUGGCAAAGCAAUGUACUCAAUAUAUUAUCAACAAGAAUCAAUGAAAGAAAGCUGGUGCCUUCAUAUAUUCAUCAUAUGUAUGCUUAGACUUUUUGUGUACCAAUUAUGGACUUCUUACAGCAAUAUGCUCUUCCUUAAUCGGAAUCGCAUUAUUGUCAAGAAAGGCGUCGAUUUUAAACAGAUUGACAAAGAAUGGCAUUGGGAUAAUUUUAUUUUACUACAAGCUAUAGUAGCUGCGUUAGUGUUGAACGUUUUUCGGACACUCGAAAAAGAACCUCUGUGGAACAAAAACGGUUUCGCAGCAGCAUUAGCACUUCAUGUUGCAAUAUCGGAGCCUCUUUUCUACAGCAUACACAAAUGCUUCCACGGAAAAUAUCUUUUCGAAAAUUACCAUUUUCUCCACCACUCUUCGCCGGUGCCGCAGCCCUAUACAGCUGGACAUGGUACAUUCUUGGAACAUCUUUUGUUGACUGUGGUUGUUGGAGUGCCGAUAGUUGGCACGUUUAUUAUUGGCCGUGGAUCGAUAAGCUUGAUCUACGGCUAUGUUUUGGUGUUCGAUUUUCUGAGAUGCUUAGGCCACUCAAAUGUGGAAAUCAUUCCCCAUCAAGUAUUCGAUGCGAUCCCGUUUCUGAAAUAUAUACUUUACACUCCUACGUACCAUAACCUCCAUCACGCUGAAACGAACACGAAUUAUUGCCUUUUCAUGCCGCUUUUCGAUGCAUUAGGAAAUACAUUGAACGAAAAAUCAUGGGACAUGCACAGAAAAAACAGCUUAGCUUCAGAUAAAAACGGGAGGGUACCGGAUUUCGUGUUCCUAGCGCAUGUAGUGGACAUGUCGUCGGCCAUGCACGGUCCUUUUAUCAACCGUUCGAUGUCGUCGAUGCCUUACUACACAAGAAUUUACAUGCUACCGUUCUUGCCGAUAUCUUUUAUCGUCAUGCUUAUCAUGUGGGCUAAAUCGAAGACUUUCUUAUUAUCCUUCUACAACCUUAGGGGCCUCCUCCACCAAACGUGGCUCGUUCCCCGCUUCGGUUUUCAGUAUUUCUUGCCAUUUGCUGCAGAAGGAAUCAAUAAGCAGAUAGAAGAGGCUAUUCUUAGAGCUGACAGAAUGGGAGUUAAAGUUAUUAGCCUUGCUGCUCUUAAUAAGAACGAGGCUCUAAACGGAGGAGGGACGCUCUUUGUUAACAAACAUCCGAAUCUCAAAGUCCGAGUUGUGCAUGGAAAUACUUUGACAGCAGCCGUGAUUCUAAACGACUUUACCUAGGAUGUAACCGAAGUAUCUUUAACCGGAGCCACUUCCAAACUUGGAAGAGCUAUCGCCCUUUAUCUUUGCAGAAAAGGAGUCCGAGUUUUGAUGCUAACUCUAUCGGCGGAAAGAUUCAAAAAUAUUCAGAUAGAAGCACCGGCCGAAUUUCAGAAUAAUCUUGUCCAGGUGACAAAGUACCAAGCGGCACAGAAUUGUAAGACAUGGAUAGUAGGAAAAUGGAUAACACCAAGAGAGCAAAAAUUCGCACCGCCGGGCGCACAUUUUCAUCAAUUUGUGGUACCGCCCGUAUUCCAAUUCAGAAGGGACUGUACUUACGGUGAUCUUGCUGCAAUGAGGCUACCGGAAGAUGUUCAAGGCCUAGGCGUUUGCGAAUACACAAUGGAGAGAGGAGUGGUCCAUGCAUGCCAUGCAGGUGGAGUGGUGCAUUCAUUGGAAGGAUGGACUCACCAUGAAGUCGGGGCCAUAGAUGUCGAGAGAAUCGAUCCGGUGUGGGAGGCUGCAAUGAAAUACGGCUUUAAGCCUAUCUCGAACGCUGAUUAAUUUGAUCGUGAAAAAAUAAUAUUUAGAUUCUAGAAAUAUAUUUAUGUAUCAAUAUAUAUCUAUAUCCCAAGAGAGGACACACAUGCUUCUGUCAUUUUUACAUACUCGGUUUUUACGGUCUUUUUUUUCUUCUAACGGUUGUAAGCAAAUGGUCACAUUGUUUGAUCGAUGACUCUUCGAAUUCUCACGUGUUUUCGAUUGUUUGAUGAACAUUAAUUGUUCUUCAAGAAAUAAAUAAUGUCUAUUUUUUUUUUUAA